CUGUCCAGCAAUUUCUUACGGACAUGAUUCUCUUAGGUCCCUGAAAGUAGGGAGCUAUAUUUGGAGUGUGCUACAUUACAAGCCUGGCCAUACCAGAUUAUGGGUGUGAACACCAGUACUCCUCCUCCCCAAAGGCUAGGAGGUACUGCCGAUCGAUCAUCAAACAAUGAGGGAAGAUCAGUUUGGAUCUUUGCCACCCCCUCCCGGCAGCUCCAAGUCAAAGCAGAGCAGCAGGGCCAGCGCACGCCACGUUGCCUUCUCGGAAACUUCCACUCCAAGCACCAAGCCUGAUGGAGCCUUCCUCCCCCCACCAGAUUUAGACGGUGAACGUCCAAAACGCUUCCGUCCACGUGCCUAUGCAUGCUGUGCAUGGGGUUGCAUGUUCAUUUUCGCCUUCGUCCUCCUCGCCCUCAUCUUAGGUUUUGUAUUCAUCUCCAUCUUCCAUUCUUACCUACCUGAAAUCAAGGUCCGGAGGUUCAAUGCAACGAGGAUCGACUUUGGCAACGCUCAAAAUAAGCAGAAGGUGAGUUUGAAGGGAAAAGUGGAUUUGCUAGUGGAGUUUAAUAACAAGAACGAGAAAACCGAGCUCAAAUUCGGGUUGUUCAAAGUCAGUGCUUCUGCUGCUCAUGUCGAUCUGGGUAAGACCGAGUUUCAGCCAUUUACUCAGCCAAAGAAAUCCACAAAAUCACUGAAUGCAACCAUUGGGGUUAACCAUCCUGGGGUAGAUAAAGAAGACGCAGACCUCCUGAAACAAGACAUUCAAAACCAUGAAGUUGAUCUGACACUGACCUUGGUCGGAAGUGUUAGCUUCCCAAUCUCAGGGAUUAUGAUGAAUAAGAUUCCGAUCAUGGCGUCAUGUGAUUGCAAGCAAACGGAAGUUGAUUUUGGGAAGAAUGCAAAGUGUGAUUAUCGGAUUUUCCAAUCCUAAAUUAUGAGACCUAAUGUAAGAUCCUUUCUCAUAAUUGGGUUCGAACUACCUAGCAUUGACAGAUUCAUAGGGCUGCAACAUUAUUAGAUGAGAGGAAAAUGACUCAAUCCAUCCUAUGAUCGAUCCCAUAUAUAAGAUUCAUAGCUUUAUGUAUAUACAUUGUAUAAGGUUAACAUUUUGAAUUUUGAAUUAAUGUUAAAUUAGUUCUUCAAA